AAAGAACCUCACUCACUUGGCUGUAGUUGCGCAACAAAGUGAACAAACCACCCUUUCUUUCUUUCUUCCCACCACCGACGAAAACAAUAAUCUCUUCGACUUCUCCCCCUUUUAUCUUUCUCUCUCCUCCGCAAAAAUCAAAAACCCUUCUUUUCUCUCUCUCUCCCUCUGUUUCUGCUUCUGAUCUAAAUGUAAAGGUCUCUUUCUGGAAACAUUCUUCACUUUCUCUCUCCGGAAUUUGGUUGUAGGAGGAAGAACGAAGGUUCAACAAUGGCGAGGCAUGGAGUGUCGGUGAUCACCUACAAACUCCUCGCUUCGUCGAUUGCCGUCGCUCUUACUCUUUUCUUCUUUCUCCCCUCUUUCGUCUUCACUCAUAAUCGUGAUUUCUCCACCGCUGUUCCCACUUCUGGUUACAGAGUUCAGUGGCUUAGUGGCGGAUCGACUCGGAGAUCAGUGCUGGCACUGAAAUCUGAUCCAUUAAAGCCUCGGGUUGAUCAAAUAAAAAAGCAAGCUGAUGAUCACCGGAAUCUCGUCCUGGCAUAUGCAUCAUAUGCUAGGAAGCUAAAACUUGAGAACUCUAAGAUGUUGAGGAUCUUUGCUGAUCUUUCUCGGAACUACACAGAUCUCCUGAAUAAGCCUGUUUAUCAUGCUCUUUUUGAGUCUGAUGCUCUCUCUAUCGAUGAGUAUCAGCUGCGCCAAUUCGAGAAAGAGGUAAAGGAGCGGAUCAAGGUCACUAGGAAAUUGAUUGCAGAAGCCAAGGAGUCGUUUGAUCAUCAGCUUAAGAUUCAGAAGCUUAAGGACACAAUUUUUGGGCUGAAUGAGCAGUUAACCAAGGCAAAGAAACAAGGAGCAUUCUCAAGCUUGAUUGCUGCAAAGUCCAUACCUAAAAGCGUGCACUGCCUGUCCAUGAGGUUGAUGGAGGAGCGAAUUGCACAGCCUGAAAAGUAUUCCGAUGAGGGCAAAACUCCUAUGCCUGCGUUGGAGGAUCCUAACCUUUAUCAUUAUGCAAUAUUUUCCGAUAAUGUUAUUGCAGCCUCUGUGGUGGUAAAUUCGGCGGUAAAGAAUUCAAAGGACCCCACUAAACAUGUGUUCCAUGUUGUGACAGACAGAAUGAAUCUUGGGGCAAUGCAGGUUAUGAUGAAAAUGAAGGACUAUAGUGGAGCACACAUAGAGGUGAAGGCAUACGAGGAUUACACUUUCUUAAAUUCAUCAUAUGUGCCGGUUCUUAAGCAGCUUGAGUCUGCCAACUUGCAGAAAUUUUACUUUGAGAAUAAGAUUGAGAAUGCCACAAAGGACACUACCAACAUGAAGUUUAGGAACCCGAAGUACUUGUCCAUGUUGAACCAUUUACGAUUUUAUUUGCCUGAGAUGUAUCCCAAAUUACAUAGGAUUCUGUUUUUGGAUGAUGAUAUUGUUGUGCAGAAGGAUUUGACUGGGUUAUGGGAGAUAGACAUGGAUGGAAAAGUAAAUGGAGCAGUUGAAACAUGCUUUGGUUCAUUUCACAGAUACGCUCAAUAUAUGAACUUCUCACAUCCCCUGAUCAAGGAGAAGUUUAAUCCAAAAGCAUGUGCGUGGGCUUAUGGUAUGAACUUCUUUGAUCUGGAUGCAUGGAGAAAGGAAGGAUCCACCGAGCAAUACCACUACUGGCAGAACAUGAAUGAAAACCGAACAUUGUGGAAACUUGGGACUCUGCCCCCAGGUCUAAUCACAUUUUAUUCGACAACAAAGCCACUUGACAAGUCAUGGCACGUUCUGGGACUUGGUUACAAUCCAGCCAUUAGCUGGGAUGAGAUCCGUAACGCUGCAGUUGUGCACUUCAAUGGAAAUAUGAAGCCAUGGCUUGAUAUUGCCAUGGGCCAGUUCAAACCACUUUGGACAAAGUAUGUUGACACUGAAAACGAGUAUGUCCAGGGUUGCAAUUUUGCUCUCUAAUACCAGUUCUUUGGAAGAGUUCCAGUGAAAAUUUGCUCUAAAGAAGGCGGUCAAGUUCGUAAGGUUCACUCCCAUCACUUUCCACUCACUUGAGAAUAUACGGAGUAGUUAUUUUCCAUCUGCAGUGUAGGAAAUUUUUGGUCAACUGUAUAAGUCCUUCAUGCCAUAUGAAAUAGCAUUCUAAGUUUGGGUUUUAUUUAGAUGUGGCUUCCAAUCGAGGCGACUUGAUAAUUUGUUCAGGUAAAAUUUGACAGGAUUAUAGUUCAGAAUUCAUGCUACACCACUAAAUGUAUAUUUUUCUCAUUAAUAUAUUGCUCUUAUAGUUGCUGGCUCCA